AUGUGGGUCCGCAUCUGCUACGACGCAGAAAAUGAAGAAGCUCGCGCAGCAUUCUGGGAUAAAUACGUAGAGCGUGCUCAAGUGAUCAGCGCCGACUCGCUCGUCUUUGACGACAAAGAACUAUUUGAGGAUGCGGAUAUAGCGCGUGUUCUUGAGCUCUUCCCGGAGCGGGUGACGAAUCCGUCGACACCAGAGCAGCUCGCAUUUGCGGAGAGGGAGCUGCGGAGGUUCUUCCAGGAAUGGUUUGAUGAGGAGGAGAGGGAGAGCACAUUCGAAGCGGAACGGGAAUUGAUCGCCCAGGGUAGGGGAGAGGAAGUCGCUAGGGGGUACUGGUCCUACCAGGCUGAUUGCGUGGUGACGCAUUUCUUCAUCGAGGACGCGCAGGCGCAGACUGGGGCUGGUGGCGGAGGGGUGUUGCAUGUCUUUCUGGACGAUUGUGGGAAUCUGGUGAGGAAGAAAAGGGUGAAAUGGGACGAGGUUGAUAACUUUGAUGGGGCUUGGUUUGAGGGCCAUUGGAGGGAGGGCUGGGCUUCUAAUCCUAAUGGUGGAGAGCUGGGAGCGGCUUAUCUGCCGGGGGGUGCGAGAGGUCCCCCCUAUAAUUUGUAG